UAAGAGAAACAAAGCUUCUGCUCUAGCGACCGAGGUCAGUCUCUGAAACAACCAAAUUUUUCCCGAGCACUUUAUUUUUGUUACCCAAUUAGUUCUAUUAUCGAUAAUUUUUAGUUUGAAUUAGCUUGUUUUCGCAGGGGAAAGCGUAAGUUGUAUUCCAAUUUUUGUUGAAUUUGCCCUAAUUUUGCUCGCCUUUUCUUCAGUUUAAACUUGAAUUCGGAAAAAUGUAUUUGAAAGAGGGCCGUUCUCUUCUGUUAAAAUUCCAUAAACCCUCAAUUCCUUUUGUUCUCAGCUCCAACCCCAAAUUUGAUUUUCAAGCACAAAACAAUACUCAAAACAAAGAUACAGUUUUUAUUGAGGAAUGUGAGGUGUUGAAAAGGUUGAAUAAUGAAAAGGAUAUCAUGAUGGCAUUGGAUUAUUUCAAAUAUAUAUCCAAUUCCAACUGUUUCAAGCACACCCCUUCAACUUACAGAGCUAUGAUUGAAAAACUAGGGCUCAAAGGGCAAAUAGAUGCUGUGCAAUAUCUUCUAGAACAGAUGAAAUUGGAAGGUAUUGCUUGUUCUGAAGAUUUGUUUAUUAGUGUGAUCAAGUGUUAUAGUAGAGUAGGGGCGUCUGAGCAGGCGUUGGAGACGUUUUAUAGGAUUUGUGAGUUUGGUUGUGAUCCAACGGUUAGGAUUUACAAUCAUCUGUUGGAUGCAUUGCUGUGUGAGGAUAGGUUUCGUUUGAUUACUCGGUUGUAUGGCGAUAUGAAGAGGGAUGGGUUGGAGCCUAAUGUUUAUACGUAUAACAUCCUGUUGAAGGUGCUCUGCAAGAACAAUAGCUUUGGUGGUGCUCGUAGGUUGCUUGAGGAGAUGUCUGGUAAAGGGUGCGUGCCUGAUGAUGUGAGUUACACGACUGUUUUGUCGUUUUUGUGUAGAGAUGGUAGAGUGGGAGAGGCUAGGGAUUUGGUUUUGAGAUUGGUUCCAUGUUUGCCUGUUUAUAACGUGUUGAUUGGGGGUUAUUGUCGAGAGGGGAAGAUCAAGGUGGCGUUGAAGUUGUUGGAUGAGAUGGUGGAUAGGGGUGUUAGGCCUGAUGUUAGGACAUAUAGUGUUGUCUUGAAUUUCGUUUCUGAUUCAGGUGAUUUUGGGGCUGCAUUUGCUAUCUUAGCCAGGAUGUUUGUUCGAGGGUGUGAUCCGAAUACUCAAACGUUUACGUCUUUGAUAAAGGGCUUGUCGUUGAGGGGUAGAUUUAUUGAGGCUUAUGAUGUUUUGAGUCGCAUGUUGAAUGAUGGGAUUUUGCCGAAUGAGAUUACAUUCAACACGCUUAUUCACGGCUUAUGCUUGGGUGGGAAUAUGAGAGAUGCGUUCUCUCUUCUUGAUGAAAUGGAGGCAAAUCAGUGUUGCCCGAAUGUCACAACAUACUCAACCCUAAUCAACGGGUGUGCAAGAAUGGGGGAUUUGGUUGGUGCGUCCGAGGUGUGGAACAAGAUGGUAUCUCGUGGGUGUUGUCCCAAUGUUGUGGCGUACACGAGCAUGGUGGAUGCACACUGCAGAAACUCCAUGUUCAACGAAGCUUAUGAUCUUCUUGAAACUAUGAAGAGAGACAAUUGCUCUCCCAACACGGUUACUUUCAACGUUUUGAUCAAAGGCUUAUGUGCCAGAGGCCGAGUUGAUUGGGCUAUGGAGUUGUUCGAUGAGAUGGAGACACACGGCUGCAUACCUAAUGUGACCACAUACAACGAGCUCUUGGACGGUUUAUUUAAGGCCGGCAACGACAUGCGUGCUUUUGAGCUCGUUUCUGCAAUGGAGGAACGGGGCGUGAAGCUCAACACGGUCACUUACAACACCAUUGUUCACGGGCUGUGCACGUGUGGGAAGCUCGAGGAGGUGUGGAAACUAGUCGGGAGAAUGGUGGUCGAGGGAUUGAGGCUCAAUGAAUUUACAUUGAAUAUUCUCAUCCACGGCUACUGCAAGCGAGGUAUGAUCGAGCCUGCAGCUCGGGUUUUGGAGAUGAUGAGGAAGAUCGGUUUGAAACCAGAUAUCGUCGGUUAUAGUAGCCUUAUUUGUGGGGUGUGUGAGUAUAAUGAUUUAGACGCAGCUAGUGUUUAUAUUGAUAGAAUGAUAAGUGAUGGGAUUAUGCCAAAUUUUUCACUUUGGAGUUUCUUGGUUAGAAGCUUGUUUAGUAGGAUUGGAGUUACUAAAGCAGCUCAACAUAUGAAUAAUGUGUUGGAUAGCAAUUUAUAUUUUUGAAAUUCCUCUAAACGUACAUAUGUUUUCUUGUU